AACUGAUGUGCAAGGAUGUCUCUCGCUUUACCCAAAGAUGCAGCUAUACGAGGGGGCUACAAUAUGUCCAAAACGGUUGUCAGACCGGUCCACAAAGCUGAUAAUCUCUGGAGGAGAGUACUGAAAUAUUUCGUUGUUCAAUUUGUUAGCAUAGUGUGUUUAUAUUGUGGGACUAACAUUUCUCUUUCAUUAAAAGGGGUCAUCAAGUGACCAUGGUCACGCCAAAUCCACUUCGCGACAAAUCACUUGUGAACCUCACGGAAAUCGACGUGAGUUCCAUCGUAGAGGUUCUACCUUCAUCGAAGUCCAUAGAAUUCACAAUGUCCAAGGACACGCACACCCACGAAAUAAUGAUAGCAUUCUAUGACCUCUCGGAGAGAAUACAAGAAGCCGUCUUCCAGAAUCGAGAAUUCCAGAAGCUGUAUAAAGAUCCUAAUGCAAAAUUUGAUUUACUCAUCGCGGAAGCCUUACAUCCUGGAAUGUAUAGUCUAGCUGGAAGGUUCAAGGUACCAGUGAUAGGAAUGUCAAGCCUUGGAGUAGUGAUCGCAUCACAUGAAUCAGUUGGCAAUACGUUUCAUCCAGUUCUGUACCCAGACAUGAACCUCCCAUACGUUGGUGAACUUAGCUUGAUGGAAAAGCUGUACAGUACUUGCUUUACUUUAUGGUCACUUUAUUAUUACAACUACCAUGUGAUACCCAGAGCAGAUCAAAUUUCCAGGAAGUAUCUAGGUGAUAGAUUGCCGUAUCUUGGUGACAUAGGAAGAAAUGUCAGUAUCUUGCUGACCAAUACCAAUAUGGCUAUUUAUGGUGCAAGACCGUAUAUCCCCACAGUAGUGCCGUUAGGUUUUAUGCAUAUUGAACCUUUGAAACCACUGCCAGAGGAUCUGCAAUCUCUAUUGGACGAUGCUAAACCUGGGGCAAUAUAUUUUAGUUUGGGCGGCAACGUGAAAAGCUCUCAUUUGUCGCCACAUAUUCGAGAAACUAUAACUAAAGUGCUGUCUCAAGUACCGUACACAGUAUUAUGGAAAUGGGAAGACGAUAAUUUACCACAGGCAACAGAAAACAUCAUUUAUAGAAAAUGGCUUCCUCAAAGAGACCUACUAGCACAUCCAAACAUCAAGGUAUUCAUAACUCAAGGGGGUUUGCAGUCCAUCGAAGAAUCAAUUUUGGCAGAAGUACCUAUGGUGGGUAUGCCAUUCAUCGGUGACCAAGCCAUGAAUGUCAGAAGAAUAGCGCAGCUAGGCAUUGGUGUAGAGGAAGAUCCCAGCAAAAUUACUGUAACCUCAUUCAGGAAUUCUAUUUUUGAAGUUAUCAAAAACUGCACGUAUAAGCAAAAUAUAAAGGAAUGGAGGAAUAUUUUGGAAGACCAACCGAUGACCAACAUGAAGAAAGCUGUAUUUUGGACAGAGUACGUUAUCAGACACAAGGGUGCACCGCACCUCAAGACUCCUACACUACCCUGGUGGAAAUAUUUCUUGCUCGACGUUAUUGCAGCUACUCUAUUGAUAUGUCUUGUUAUUGUUUUUAUUAUAUUUAAAUGUAUAAUGAUCUCAGCAAAUAUUUGUAACCCUAAGAAAUUAAAGAGUGAUUAAGUAUUAUUAGACA